CCCAAAAUUCUGUCCGGCACGACAGCUCUCUCUUUAUUCCCUUUCCAUAUCACCAACGAUCAUUCAACGCUCUUAACCCGAACCCGGAAACCCCAAAGUCCAAUGGCGAGCCUAUGGCGGGCCGCGACGGGCCAGGCGGAGAAGCCCAAUAACUACGACGGCGUGGAGUUCUGGUCGAACCCAGAGCGCACCGGGUGGCUGAUGAAGCAAGGCGAGUACAUCAAGACGUGGCGCCGCCGCUGGUUCGUGCUCAAGCAAGGCAAGCUCUUCUGGUUCAAGGAAUCCACUGUCACCCGCGUCUCUACGCCACGUGGCGUCAUCCCAGUGGCCAGCUGCCUCACCGUCAAGGGCGCCGAGGACGUCCUCAACAAACAGUACGCCUUCGAGCUCUCCACCCGGGCCGAGACCAUGUACUUCAUCGCCGACUCAGAGAAGGAGAAGGAGGACUGGAUCAAUUCCAUCGGACGGUCCAUAGUGCAGCACUCCAGGUCUGUUACCGACUCCGAGAUCGUCGAUUACGAUAGCAAGCGGUGAGACUUAACAAGCCGACUACGGACUAGAUACACUUUUAUAUAUAAGAAUAAAGAGAAUAGCUGAAUUUUGCGAAGAUGGGAGAAGAUUUGGGACGGUGCUAAAAGCAGUCAAGGAAGAUGAGGCCAUAAGUGUUUGAAAGGAUGGGUGACUUUGGUUUUGGGCAGAGCCAAUUCUCCUAGUAGUCAGAGACUAGGGAAAUUGGGAACUAUCUUGUGAAGGUAAGGCAAGGAGCAAGGUAAUUUGUGUUCUGGUAUUCGUUCUAUGCAAUAUUUAUUCAAUUGAAUAUCUUGAAGGUGAGGAAAUGAGCUUUCUUAUUGAAAGAAUCAGGACUUCUGCAUGGAACAAUGUGGCAUCUCUGAAUAUGUCCUCCUCUUUCAGUCAUUGAUGAUUCUCCUUGUCUUCUUCAUCACUUAAUGCCCUUUUUCUAGGUUGUUUGAUCUCCUUAAUAGUGGGUUAGUUUUAGAAGGAGACAUGGGUUCAAUUGGCAGUUCUAAUACCUUCUUUCAACCAAAAGAUUCAGAUAAAUCAAGCUGGUUGAUGAGUUUACUAAGUUUUUUUGUUUGCUUAACUGUAGGAAACUUGUUAUUCCAUUUCUAAAGUGUACCCACUUGAAACCAAUAGAUUUAGUAACAAAAACUUCAGUUUGAAUU